UCGUUGACCGGUGAAUGGGUGCAGUGGACAUCAAAGGUACCGCAGAUCGAAGUAGAAACACAUCGUGUUGCUGCUGCUGAUUUGGUGAUACCUACAGUAGACACUGUUCGACAUGAAAUGCUUCUCAACACUUGGCUUUCCGAGCACAAACCACUGCUACCGAUUAUCGACUAUGAAGCAUCGUUGACCGGUGAAUGGGUGCAGUGGACAUCAAAGGUACCGCAGAUCGAAGUAGAAACACAUCGGGUUGCUGCUGCUGAUUUGGUGAUACCAACCGUGGACACUGUUCGACAUGAAAUGCUUCUCAACACUUGGCUUUCCGAGCACAAACCACUGGAUAUGGAUGUUGUCAGUGUCAAUUUUUCGUCUUCAACCACUCCGGAAUUGCUGAUGCGCACAUUCGAUCAUUACUGCGAAUAUCGUCGGACACCCAAUGGAGUGGUACUUUCGCCGGUGCAAAUUUCCCGAUGGUUGGUUAUAUUUUGCGACGAAAUCAACCUACCAGCCCCGGACAAAUAUGGUACACAGCGUGUCAUUUCAUUCUUACGCCAGCUUGUCGAAAUGAAUGGCUUUUAUCGCACGUCGGAUCAGACUUGGGUUUCGCUUGAACGGAUCCAGUUUGUUGGAGCUUGUAAUCCGCCAACCGAUCCUGGUCGACAUCCACUUUCGUUACGUUUCUUGCGCCAUGUCCCUGUGGUAUAUGUGGAUUAUCCGGGGCAAACAUCGCUAGUGCAAAUUUAUGGUGCUUUCAAUCGAGCUAUGUUACGUGUCUCAUCCAAUUUGCGUUCAUUUGCUGAGCCCUUAACAAAUGCUAUGGUCGAUUUCUAUCUACAGUCACAGGAACACUUCACGCAAGACGAACAACCACACUACAUUUAUUCACCUCGAGAACUAACACGAUGGGUACGGGCAAUCAGCGAAGCGAUCACACCUCUGGAAAAAGUCGAUGGCGAUGCACUUGUCAGGCUCUGGGCCCAUGAAGCGUUGCGUCUGUUCCAGGACAGGCUUGAUCGGCUUGUCCGCGAUGAUGAGCGCGAAUGGACCGACCAGUUGCUGGACAGGACAGCCGAGAAGUACUUCGGUGCAUCAUGCAACCUCAAAACGGCUCUAGAAAGACCGAUGCUCUAUUCGUGUUGGUUGACCAAGAACUACUUGCCAGUAACAAAGGAUCAGCUUAAGGAAUAUGUGAAAGCACGUCUGAAGAGUUUCUACGAAGAGGAACUGGAUGUUCAGCUGGUCCUAUUCGAUCAGAUGCUCGAUCACGUAUUGCGCAUUGAUCGCAUUUAUCGACAGCCCCAGGGCCACCUUCUGCUGAUUGGCACUUCUGGUUCAGGCAAAACCACUCUGUCAAGAUUUGUUGCAUGGAUCAACGGAUUAUCCGUGUUCCAGGGUUUGGUUUAUGUUUAG